AUGAAUUUUUUUCGUUGCAAUUGCACCAAUAUUGAAUAGGGAUUAGACUUACCUAAUAUUAAUCUCUUUAUUGAACAAAUUAUCUUGCAUUCAAUCAAUUAAGAUAAGGUUAUAUCUUUAACAAUGGAUCUUAAUGUAAUUUUGGAAGGAAUCAAAUUAAACAGGGAGAAGGAUUGUCUUUUAUUACAAGAUCUCAAGGAUUUCAAAGAUGAUAUUCAUUAUACAUUAACAAAAUUGAAUUAAUAUUUUUUGUAAUUUAUUGCAAUUUAUUAUUUUAGAAUCCCCUUAAACAAUUAGGAUGACAGUAGUUAAUAAUUUUAUUUAAAUUUAAAGUUAUAAGUGUAUGAAGGUUGUUAUAAAUUAUUAUACUUAUAAUAAAAAGACUUUUACUACCAUAAGGAUGACUUUCUUUAUGGAGAAUGGGAGAUUAUGGGAACAAGUCAGAAUAUUCAGAUUGAAUUCAUAUGUAAUAUUACUAUUUAUAAUUGAUUUUUAGAAGAUAAGACUAAUUAAGGGUAAAAUAUUCAUUUACUUAGAGAUCUUACAAAUUGUGCUUAUAAUCAAUAAACAGAACAUAAUAUAGAAGAUGAAAACCCCAAGAUUAUGUAUUCGAUAAGUAAAACACCCAAACUAAAAAGAAAGUGCUGA